UUCUUGCUUCGCCCCAUUGUUUGUUGCCUAUUGCCUACGAGGCAUACCUUGUAGCACUUUGGAGAUCAAGUUUAUCUUCGUUUAUCUUCUUCAAGUCCAACUAUAUUCUUCCCAGGCCCUAUAUUUUGCAUGUCUGCCUUGCGACCUCUGUUUUUUAUUUUUAUUGUUAUUAUUGACAUCUUUCCCCUUCCUGGAUUUCAUUUACACAACGGCCUUCUCUUCACAAGGUGUCGGCCAAGAUCCAACAUUGUCUAAUUGGAUACCUGGAUACCUGGAUCCCUCCAGUGGACACACUCCAAACACAAUUCGUGGAAGCUUGUUGGUCCUUAAACGCAGUUGUUACUCUGAACACGUCUUAGCCCUUGCUGGGCCGCUCUGCAAAAAUGGAAUACCAGCACUUUCAGUACCCAGAGGCUAUGCAGCUUCCAGUCUACAUGGACAAUGCGCCGAUGGACGCUUCGAUUGAUGGCAUGAUUGAUCCAAUCCUCAAACCUUCCGCUUCUCCUUGGGGCACUCCACAGAUGCAGCGCUACUUAACAGACAAUAAGUCAUCAUUUUAUAGCUACCAAAUGGUCGAUUCUGUCUUCCCCGAAUCCAUCGCUCGAAGAGACGACGGCAUAGCACCUCUUCCGUCUAGCCUGCUUCAUCGCCGAAAUUCACCAUCUUUUUCUCAUACAUCGUCAACAAGUAGUAGUAUGUUAAGCCCGCCAAGGGACAGCGAUUAUUACCAAGCGCAUUCGCCACCAACGCCCACUGAUACGACGAUUAUGUCUCCGUAUUUUCAGCAGUAUGAGACCGCUAGCUCUCGUGCUCAGAUGAUUCAGUUUACUGGCCUCGCCAAUGAUUGUGUGAAGCCAAUAGACAUCAACCCCUUCCAAGAAACCCCUGAAAGUUAUUAUGACGACAGUAACCCUAAGUCGGAAUUUCCUUUGAGGGGUCUUAGUAUGUCAAGUGAUGACAGCUGCGUCCAUAUGGAUGUGUGCGACGGACGGGAACCAAUCGAAUCUACUCAACCAAUGAGUCCUGAAGAGUUUACACCAACUGUAAAGGAGGAGAUUCACAUCCCGGAAUCCAUUGGAAGGUAUCCCGCAUUUGAAUCAGAGGAUGAGACGAUGUCUAAUGGGGAGGCCGAGCAUCAUAGUCUCAAACGUGAGGAUGCAGAAGACGACGAAUACAAACCAAACCAGAAGCAUAGGCGGACCAAGUCCAGUGCAAGUCGUAGUACCCGAAACCGCAAGCGACGGAGUGUAAUAGGGUCUACCUUGGAAACAAAACGACCAAAGAUCGAACCUGGUACCUCUGCCACGAUGGGCAGAUCAACGGCCAAGCCUUUGAUUCAAGGAACAACAGCAAAUUUCUCAUGUACCAAAUGCUCAAAAAGGGUAUCCUUCAAAGAUGAGAAUGGCUUACAGAAUCACAUCAAAAAGCAGCAUACCCGGCCGUUUGUUUGCGUCUUCGGAUUCGCGGGCUGCAAUUCAACCUUUGCGAGCAAGAAUGAAUGGAAGCGACAUUGCUCUUCCCAGCAUCUUGUUUUGAACUACUGGAUAUGCCAACAAGACCACUGCUCCAAGACAUCUAGCAAAGCAAAUAUACAUUCUCGCCAUCGUUCUAAUCCUUCUUGCACCCAGAACACGAUUUCACCGCCUCUACCCCACGGAACUAUCUUUAAUCGCAAGGACCUCUACACUCAACACCUGCGCCGUAUGCAUAUACCAGCAAGCCUUAAGAAACAAGUCAAACAAAGGAAGCCUGCCCCUGAAUGGGAAGCCUGCGAACGAGCGCAUCAAGAUGAGGCAAAAAGAACACGUUGUGACCUCCCGACUCACAUGCGAUGCCCAGCAUUCGGUUGCAAUGCUCGUUUUGAUGGACCGAAUGCCUGGGAUGAUCGGAUGGAGCACGUGGCCAAGCACCUCGAGAAAGCUGUCAGUGGCUCAGAGCAACCAAUCGAGUUCGGCGGACAACACGACAGAACUCUGAUCGAGUGGGCCACGCGCCCCGAUAUUGCUAUUAUUGAGAGAGGAGACAAGGGGAAGUGGCAAUUGCGCAACCCUCUAAAAUCGAGCGGUGGUCUGCUUACCGAAACAAUACCUGACCAAGGAGAUGAGGACGCCGAGGGCGAGGAGGUAGAUGAAUGAUUGUAUCAAUUGGCCGAGUCUCUAUCAUCUCCUACCUACAUUUUUAUACCUUUGGCUAUGACUGGAAAUCAUGGAGAAGUAGAGGUAUAUCUCAAGGGUUCACUACGUAAAUGUAUCACUUUCUAGAAGGAUUGUUCUAUUUGGAUGGGUAAUGUUGAAGUGAUAGUAAUCAAGGUGAAUAUUUCUUCGGCAAAGAUAUAAAAUGGCAGGGAAUCAUAGAAUGGCCAGGUUUUAGGGCGUCUAUAAUGGUCUACGAUGUAAUGAUACUUGGAUCAUGUUAGCUAUCAAGGUGAAUGGCGCGCACACGCCAGAUCACCGCAUACAUACCUGG